AUGCUUGGCGUCUUGCUUCUAUUCUUAGCCACUGCAGGCCUUGUCUGGUUUCUUGAGACGCCCUUCCGAACAGGACUAUGGCACAUUCCGGGGCCUUGGUGGCGCCGCUAUACAGACAUUUUCCAGGUGCUUGAUGCUUACAAUGGACGAACCUGCCAAGUCAUUCAGCGCUUACACAAGGAAUAUGGGCCCGUGGUGCAAGUUGGUCCACGAACCGUCAUGUUCUCCAAACCAUCCAUGAUAGAAAAAGUCUAUGCGACUAGGGCGCCCUUCCCCAAAAGCUAUCACUGGAGGCCGCUCCGAACUGAGCUGAAAGGCGUCCAUUAUCCAAGUCUCAUAGGCACGGACGAUACUAAGACCCAUACCGCUCUCAAACGGCCUGUCUCUGGCAUCUACUCCAUGUCCAACGUCACGAAAUCAGAAAGCUUCAUCAACGAAUGUAUCCUUCAGCUUGUUAAGAAGCUUGACCAAGAAUUCAACGGCAAAGAGAAGUAUCUGCCCGUGUUUACCUUACGGUCUCUGCCGACUUUGGACUCAUCCGAGGCGAAGCUGAUCGAGAGGGAAUGUUUCGAGGUGUCGAUGCAGCUCAAACAUACCGAGCUAUGGUACGGCGACGCUUGCAUGAAAUUCCGCGCUAUGGCUGACAUUUCGUACGCAGCCUGUAUGCCGUGGGUUCACUCUCUUCUCAAGGGUAGCCCCAUCACGAAAGUGUUUGAGAAGCGCAUGGGCUCAUUCCCACGUCGAGCACGGGAACUCAUCCAGAGCAGGAGGGCCAACGGGGCUGCAAAAACCAGAGAUCGCGAGGACUUGCUCUCCCAGAUUUUGGACACUCAAAAGAAGCAUCCGAACGUUGUCGAUGAGCGCGUUGUUCACGGUUACGCUACCACACCACUGCUCGCCGGUGCGGACACGGUAACUGUCGGCCUUACUUCCAUCGUCUACUUUGUGGGCAAGAAUCCGGAGGUUGCAGCCAAACUACACGCGGAAUUCACAAAAUGCCCUACCUGGAUGCGGUCAUUCGGGAGUCAUUCAGCCCCUGGUCUCACGCUUGCGGAUGGUCACACCCUGCCACCAGGCACAGCAGUCGCGGUUUCAGGAUGGUCUACCCAUUUUGAUAAGGACGCCUAUGGCGAUGACGUACACGACUUCAAACCUGAGCGCUGGCUGAAACGUCACUCAGAAAGCGACGACGAUUAUGCUGAGCGUCUGCACAGGAUGGGCAAAGCAGAUCUGACAUGGGGCGCCGGCGACCGGGCUUGCAUGGGUAAGAACAUUGCGAAAUGCGAAAUGUACAAGCUAAUUGCUACAUUGUAUUCCAUCUCUGACAUCCAGCUUGUUGACCCGACCAAGGAAUGGAAAAUCAAGGAGACUGUCCUAGCGAAGCAAGAGGGCGUUGAGGCGAGAAUUACCUUCAGGCCUGGCGCAAGUCUUGACCAGCUCGUACAGGGGGAUGCUUGA